GACUGAGAGAAGUGAAACCCUUUGCCGUGCUGGCCCAAGUCACUGGAUACCAUGCAGCAGCACCCAAAUUAUCCAUACCCCCAAAUCUACUGGGUAGAUAGCAAUACCAGCUCUGCCUGGGCUCCUCCAGAGUCAGUUUUCCCUUGUCUUACCUCUAGGCCUGGUCAAAGGAGGCCACCACCACCACCACCGCCACUACCACCACCACUGCCACCACUGCCUCCACUGCCACCACCACCUUUAAAGAAGAAGAGGGACUACAACACAGGCUUAUGUCUCUUUGUGAUGUUUUCCAUGGUGCUGGUGGCCCUGGUUGGACUGGGGCUGGGAAUGUAUCAACUCUUUCACCUGCAGAAAGAGCUGGCUGAGCUCCGUGAGUCCACCAGCCAAAGUCACACAGAAUCAUCUUUGGAGAAGCAAAUAGGCCAUCCCAGUCCAUCCUCUGGAAAAAAGGAGCCGAAGACAGUGGCCCAUCUGACAGGCAAGCUCUAUUCAAGUUCCAUCCCUCUGGAAUGGGAAGACACCUAUGGGGUUGCACUGAUCUCGGGAGUGAGGUAUAAGAAGGCUAGCCUUGUGAUCAAUGACACUGGGCUAUACUUUGUGUAUUCCAAAGUGUACUUCCGGGGUCAGUCUUGCGACAACCAGCCCCUGAGCCACAAGGUCUACAUGAGGAACUCUAGGUAUCACCAGGACCUGGUGCUGAUGGAGGGGAAGAUGAUGAGCUACUGCACUACUGGCCAGAUGUGGGCCCGUAGCAGUUACUUGGGAGCAGUGUUCAAUCUUACCAGUGCUGACCAUUUAUAUGUCAAUGUGUCAAAGCUCUCUCUGGUCAAUUUUGAGGAAUCGAAGACAUUUUUUGGCUUAUAUAAGCUCUAGGAAAGGCAAUUUAGGACCUCUCCAUUAUGGUUUCUUGUGAGAGGCACUGGGAAUACUACCUGGAAUGAGGAUCUCAAGCCUGCUGAGGUUAAAUGAGAAGACAUGAACUAUAAAGACCUUGAGUACACAAGGGCUCACGAGUCUGCCGUUCCUCGCUUCACCUAAGGUCCAUGAGACAGACAAGAGGAGGAACAAGACUGAAUGAAGCAAAUCAAACUCUAGGCUGCCUCAUGAGGAUGUGGAAGCAUAGAGAAGCAGCUUUUCAGGUGUUCUUGACUCAUGUGACCAAGAACAUUUUGGUACAUGGGAAAGGACACCUUUUAAUUCACCUCCCAGGGAGGGGAUAUUUGCUACCUCAAGGGAGGUCAUCUUUCAGAUACAUAGCUGUGACAUGAAUGUAUGAGAGAUGGAAAAGGAUUGACCUUACAUAAGCUAAAGAGACUGAAGGAGGUCCAGCCCCCAUUUGUACCAUUUUCAUUUUUACAUGCACAUCCGAGCCAGCAGGUGAUGCUAACCGAGAAACAAGAGGAUCCUUGGGGGUUCCGGUCCAUUUCCUGCACACCCUGUAUAUAUCCAGCACAAUUUUAAGUGUGUGUGUGUGUGUGUGUGUGUGUGUACGCGCAUAGGAGAGAUGGGGGAGGGAGAGAGAGAGAUUAAAGAGUUACAUAAGUAGAGCAUGUGGGAAUUGUGAAGUACAUCUGUGUUGGGAAAACGUGUUGCAUUUGGUGGUAGAUUUUGGAUGCUUCAUGGGCAACGAAUUCCAAUAGUCCUCAGAAAUAUUAGAUUGUCAUUUGCUGAUGUUCAGCUUUCUUAUUUUGUU